AUGAUUAAGUUGGUUAUUUGGGGGUUUACUCUGAGCGUGUAUAGUGUUUAUGCACCGCAGGUGGGCUUGGACGGUAAGGAGAAGAAGCGGAUUUGGGAGGCUUUGGAUGAGGUGGUUAGAGGUGUGCCUAGCUUUGAGAAGAUUAUUGUAGCUAGGGAUUUUAAUGGUCACAUCGGGGUAUUACCGAGAAGCUAUGUUGAUGUUCAUGGGGGUUAUGGUUUUAGGGAAAGGAAUGAAGAAGGAGCUGCUAUGCUGGAUUUUGCAAGGGCCUUUGGGAUGGUGGAAGAGAAUUUGAGCUUUCUCAAGAAGCAGGAUCACCUGAUCACUUUCCAAAGCGCAAUAGCUAAGACUCAGAUUGACUUUCUGCUGCUUAGGAAGGGGGAUAGGGCACUGUAUAAAGAUUGUAAGGUGAUCCCGAGUGAGAACCUUUCGACCCAACACAAGCUUUUGGUGAUGGAUUUGGGCUUAAAGAAGGAUAAAAAAAGAAGGGGUGGAGAGGGCUGA